AUGUUAGCAAAUUUUUAUUUAGUAGUUUUAGUACUGUGUGUUGUGAUUUAUGUUAAAAGUGACGAGAGUUACGGACGAAAUUAUGAAAUGCCGGAAUACGUACGCAUAAAGAGAGCGAAAUACUACUCUAAUCCUCCAAUGAGAUUUUAUAAACGGCCCCCGAUACCACAUGUUGUUAAAGGCAUCUUCUCGUAUACACCUCCGCCGCAUUUAUCGGAAGACGACUCACCGCAUCCUGGGAAUUUUAGGCCGAACAAGGUUAAUAAACGCCCACCACCUCCUAAUGAUGGCUUGGGUGAUGAAGACAUACACAAUCUUGUGAAAAAUCUUUCAAAACAAGAUUUGGAUAAAAUAAUUAACUUCGCCGGUGAAAAAUAUAGAGAACCUCCAUUUCAAAAAUACAACAGUCCACAAAACACAAUUGUUACAGCAGAAGAUGACUACAAUGUAUAUAAACCAACGUUACGGGAUUUAGAAACAAAUCAGAAACUGUCACCGAGUAAACCCUAUGUAAGUAGUAACAUUGAAUCAAGUCAAAAUGUCGAACAUAUUAGCAGUAGUAAUAUAGCCAAACCAGUUUCAACAAAAAUAGAACAUUCAGAGCCAUUUAACUUUAUCAGUCCACACGCUUCUAGCUACAUUGAACCACAAAAGCAAGACAAUGACGCAGUGCAAAUAUUCUUGCCGCAUAAACUUAGAAACACAAACAGCAACCACCAAGAUAUCUCAGGCGUUGCGUUAGAGACGCAAGAAUCUAUCAACAAUAAUCAAUUUUCUUUCGUUGAUUCUUAUAUUCAACAAGAAUUAAAUAAUGUUGCAACACGACAAGUCGUAGGAAAUGAUAUUGAACCCAAGAAACCUGUUCAGGAAGAAGAGUUACCGAAACCGAUUAACUUAAGAGAAGAUUAUGAUUUCGAAGUGUCUAAUACAGACAAUGUACCUAGAGUCGUGAAAGCAAGCUCUUACAAAGUCGAGAAUUUUGGGGAACUUCCAUUGAUGAACUACAAUUCAAAAUUACACACUGUUAGUUCGUACCACGUGCCUCAUUAUAGCGUUAUAUCGCAACAGUCCCAUAAACCAUCGUCAUCUCAACUCACCCCAUCACCGUCAUCAUUCGGAAUUAAGGUACCAACGGUAGAACCAGCUCCACAUUCUUCAGCAGCUAAGGAACAAAGUGAUGCGCAUCUCAAAGCUAUUAAAAUAUGGACUCAUCAAUCAAAAGGAACAGCCUACACGUUACACGACGAUGGCACUCUAUCGUUAGAAAAGGACGGAAGACCCAAACGUCCACAAUGA